ACCCAGGGGGAGACUCGGGGGGAGAGAGAGAUCUGGGCAGGGGGUGAGCAGAGCUCGGAUUGUCCAGGAGAGAGAGUCUGGUGGAGAAUUCCCAGGCGCCGGGAUGGAGGAUGACGCUCCUGUCAUUUAUGGUCUUGAAUUUCAGGCACGUGCUUUAGCACCACAAGUGGCUGAAACUGAUGCCAUAAGGUUUCUGGUCGGCACUCAAUCGCUCAAGUAUGAUAACCAGAUUCACAUCAUAGAUUUUGAUGAUGAAAAUAACAUUAUUAACAAGAACGUCCUUCUGCAUCAAGCAGGAGAAAUCUGGCACAUCAGUACCAGCCCUGCAGAUAAAGGGGUCCUGACAACUUGCUACAAUAAAACUUCAGACAGCAAAGUCCUGACGUGUGCAGCUGUGUGGUGUAUGCCUAAGGAAUUGGAAUCAGGCAGUCAUGAAUCUCCCGAUGAUUCAUCAAGUAACCCUCAGACCCUCGAGCUGCUUUGUCACCUUGACAACACAACCCAUGGCAACGUGGCCUGUGUAUUAUGGGAGCCAAUGGGAGAUGGUAAAAAGAUCGCCUCACUGGCUGAUAAUCAUGUUCUUCUGUGGGAUUUACAAGAAAGUUCAACAAAGGCAGUGCUCUCAUCUUCUGCAACAUUAGAAGGAAAAGGUCAGUUGAAGUUUACCUCAGGACAGUGGAGUCCUCAUCAUAAUUGCAGCCAAAUUGCUACAGCUAAUGACACAGCCAUCCGAGGGUGGGACACUCGAUCGAUGAGGCAAAUUUUCUGCAUGGAAAAUGCCCAUGGCCAGCUGGUACGAGAUCUUGACUUCAACCCCAACAAGCAAUACUACCUAGCGAGCUGUGGAGAUGACUGCAAGGUAAAGUUUUGGGACACCAGAAAUGUUCAUGAACCAGUCAAGACUUUGGAAGAACAUUCUCACUGGGUGUGGAGUGUCAGGUACAAUCAUUCACAUGAUCAGCUUGUGUUGACCGGCAGCAGUGACAGCAGAGUCAUUCUCUCCAACAUGGUAUCUAUCUCUUCUGAGCCCUUUGGGCACCUUGUGGAUGAUGAUGAAUUGAGUGACCAAGAGGACAACCAUCAUGAAGAAAAGAAUAAAGAACCACUACAGGAUAGCAUCAUAGCUACCUACGAGGAGCACGAAGACAGCGUCUAUGCAGUCGAAUGGUCUUCAGCCGAUCCAUGGCUUUUUGCAUCUUUAAGUUAUGAUGGAAGGCUAGUGAUAAAUCGAGUACCACGAGCUUUAAAAUAUAGCAUCUUGUUGUGAUUCUGCCGCAUGCUGUUUUCCUCAGUUUGAACCAUACAAUUUCCAUUGUGUAAAAUUAUGAAUAUAAAUUAAUACUAGCAGAUUUUCGAAGCCAUUGAGUAACGACCAUCUCAGAAAACGUGUUCUGAAACUUCGGUGUAUGAAAUCGUUCAUUUGAUAAAUGAAUAAAAAGAUUUAAAAUGACAUAUUGCAAACAAUUGGCAACAUGUGUGAGUGAGUACAUGACUGGAUUAGGCACUUCAAGUUUGAACGCAAGCGUGGAAUGAGUGGAGGGGGGAAUUCAUCUCACCAACUCCGUCCAAUAAGUAGCCUCUAAUUCAUGUUUGGGUGUCAGUCUGAUACUCUUGCCUCUGAGUCAGAAGGUUUUGGAUUCAAGCUUCACAUUGGGAUUUUGAGUUUUUAGUCUAGACACUAGUAACUGUUGGGAUUGCACUGCAUUGUCUGCCUGUUCAGGUGGCCAUGAAAGAUCUAACUGCACUAUUUGAAAAGAAAAGGAAAUUUCUCCUAAUGUAUUGGCCAAUAAUUCAACAAAUAAAAGUUUGUCCCUCA